CGUCACUGACUGUUCUCUCUUUCUCUGUCUCUCUCUUCCCCCCCUCCCCCCCUCCUCCGCACAGUGACUCGGGCCAGCACAGAGGGCCCCAGGCCGGAGGCAGGAGCAGCUGGGCCAAUUCCCUGGCCAGGAGUGGAAGGGGAUGGCUUCAGGCCUGGGCUCCCCAUCCCCCUGCUCAGCAGGCAGUGAGGAAGAGGACAUGGAAGUGCUUCUAAACAGCCUUCCCCCACCCCACCCAGAGAACGAAGAAGACCCAGAGGAAGAUUUAUCAGAGGCAGAGACUCCUAAACUCAAAAAGAAGAAGAAGCCCAAGAAACCCCGGGAUCCUAAAAUCCCAAAGAGCAAGCGGCAAAAAAAGGAGCGUGUGCUCUUAUGCCGGCAGCUGGGAGACAGUUCUGGGGAGGGGCCUGAGUUUGUGGAGGAAGAAGAUGAGAUGGUUUUGCGAUCAGACAGCGAGGGCAGUGACUAUACACCUGGCAAGAAAAAGAAGAAGAAGCUCGGACCUAAGAAAGAGAAGAAAAGCAAGUCUAAGAGGAAGGAGGAGGAAGAGGAGGAGGAUGAUGAUGAUGAUUCUAAGGAGCCCAAGUCAUCAGGUCAGCUACUGGAAGACUGGGGCAUGGAGGACAUUGACCAUGUGUUUUCAGAAGAAGAUUACCGCACUCUUACCAACUAUAAGGCUUUCAGCCAGUUUGUCCGACCCCUCAUUGCUGCUAAGAACCCCAAGAUUGCAGUUUCCAAGAUGAUGAUGGUUCUAGGGGCCAAGUGGCGAGAGUUCAGUACCAACAACCCUUUCAAGGGCAGUUCUGGGGCUUCAGUGGCAGCAGCUGCUGCUGCAGCAGUAGCUGUAGUGGAGAGCAUGGUAACAGCAACUGAAGUUGCCCCACCUCCACCCCCUGUGGAGGUACCCAUCCGAAAGGCCAAAACCAAGGAGGGCAAAGGCCCUAAUGCCCGACGCAAGCCUAAGGCUAGCCCACGUGUGCCUGAUGCUAAGAAACCUAAACCGAAGAAGGUGGCACCCCUCAAAAUUAAACUGGGUGGUUUUGGCUCCAAGCGCAAGAGAUCUUCGAGUGAAGAUGAUGAUCUGGAUGUGGAAUCUGACUUUGAUGAUGCUAGUAUAAAUAGUUACUCUGUGUCAGAUGGUUCAACUAGUCGGAGCAGCCGUAGCCGCAAGAAGCUCAGAGCUACCAAAAAGAAAAAGAAAGGCGAGGAGGAGGUGACUGCUGUGGAUGGUUAUGAGACAGACCACCAGGACUACUGUGAAGUGUGCCAGCAAGGAGGAGAGAUCAUCCUGUGUGAUACCUGUCCUCGAGCUUACCACAUGGUCUGCCUGGAUCCUGAUAUGGAGAAGGCUCCGGAGGGCAAGUGGAGUUGUCCACAUUGUGAAAAGGAGGGUAUCCAGUGGGAGGCCAAGGAGGACAACUCUGAGGGUGAAGAAAUCCUAGAGGAAGUUGGUGGUGAUCCCGAGGAGGAAGAUGAUCAUCACAUGGAAUUCUGCCGAGUCUGCAAGGAUGGUGGGGAACUGCUUUGCUGUGACACCUGCCCUUCCUCCUACCAUAUCCACUGCCUGAACCCCCCACUCCCAGAGAUCCCCAAUGGCGAAUGGCUUUGUCCUCGUUGCACAUGCCCUUCACUAAAGGGUAAAGUUCAGAAGAUCCUGAUCUGGAAAUGGGGACAGCCACCAUCUCCUACACCAGUGCCCCGACCUCCUGAUGCUGACCCCAAUACUCCUUCCCCUAAGCCUUUGGAGGGGCGACCUGAACGACAGUUCUUUGUGAAGUGGCAAGGCAUGUCCUACUGGCACUGUUCUUGGGUGUCAGAAUUACAGCUGGAGCUUCACUGCCAAGUGAUGUUUCGCAACUAUCAGCGCAAGAAUGAUAUGGAUGAGCCCCCAUCUGGGGACUUUGGUGGGGAGGAAGAAAAAAGCCGUAAGCGAAAGAACAAGGACCCCAAGUUUGCAGAAAUGGAGGAACGCUUCUACCGCUAUGGAAUUAAGCCUGAGUGGAUGAUGAUCCAUCGUAUCCUUAACCACAGUGUGGAUAAGAAGGGUCAUGUUCACUAUUUGAUCAAAUGGAGGGACUUGCCCUAUGAUCAGGCAUCCUGGGAGAGUGAGGAUGUAGAAGUGCAAGACUAUGACCUGUUCAAGCAGAGCUACUGGAACCAUAGGGAGCUCAUGCGGGGUGAAGAAGGACGACCUGGCAAAAAACUCAAGAAGGUGAAGCUAAGGAAGUUGGAGAGGCCCCCUGAAACUCCUACAGUUGAUCCAACAGUGAAGUAUGAGCGGCAGCCAGAGUACUUAGAUGCCACUGGUGGAACUCUACAUCCUUAUCAGAUGGAGGGAUUGAAUUGGUUGCGUUUCUCCUGGGCCCAGGGCACUGACACCAUCUUGGCAGAUGAAAUGGGCUUGGGCAAGACUGUUCAGACGGCUGUCUUCCUGUAUUCUUUGUACAAAGAGGGACAUUCAAAAGGCCCUUUCCUAGUGAGUGCCCCACUUUCUACAAUCAUCAACUGGGAGCGAGAGUUUGAAAUGUGGGCUCCAGACAUGUAUGUGGUCACCUAUGUUGGGGACAAGGACAGUCGUGCUAUUAUCCGUGAAAAUGAGUUCUCUUUUGAAGACAAUGCUAUCCGUGGUGGCAAGAAAGCUUCAAGAAUGAAGAAAGAAGCAUCUGUGAAGUUUCAUGUGUUGCUGACAUCCUAUGAACUGAUCACCAUUGACAUGGCCAUUCUGGGCUCCAUUGAUUGGGCCUGCCUGAUCGUGGAUGAAGCUCACAGGCUUAAGAACAAUCAGUCUAAGUUUUUCAGAGUCCUCAAUGGCUACUCACUCCAGCACAAGUUAUUACUAACAGGGACUCCUCUGCAGAAUAACUUAGAGGAACUCUUCCACCUGCUUAAUUUCCUCACUCCAGAAAGGUUCCACAACCUUGAGGGCUUCCUAGAGGAGUUUGCUGACAUUGCCAAAGAGGACCAGAUCAAGAAAUUGCAUGACAUGUUGGGGCCUCAUAUGCUUCGGCGGCUUAAAGCUGAUGUCUUUAAGAACAUGCCCUCUAAGACAGAACUGAUUGUGCGUGUGGAACUGAGCCCCAUGCAGAAGAAAUAUUACAAGUACAUUCUCACCCGAAACUUUGAGGCACUCAAUGCUCGGGGUGGUGGCAAUCAGGUUUCUCUGCUUAAUGUGGUGAUGGAUCUUAAAAAGUGCUGCAACCACCCUUACCUUUUCCCUGUGGCUGCCAUGGAAGCACCAAAGAUGCCCAAUGGGAUGUAUGAUGGCAGUGCCCUAAUUCGAGCAUCAGGGAAGCUACUUUUAUUGCAAAAAAUGCUCAAGAACCUCAAAGAGGGUGGCCACCGUGUGCUCAUUUUCUCACAGAUGACCAAGAUGUUGGACCUGUUGGAGGAUUUUUUGGAACAUGAAGGUUAUAAGUAUGAGCGAAUUGAUGGUGGAAUCACUGGGAACAUGCGUCAGGAGGCCAUUGAUCGCUUUAACGCACCUGGUGCUCAGCAAUUUUGCUUCCUUCUUUCUACACGAGCUGGAGGCCUCGGAAUUAAUUUAGCUACUGCAGAUACUGUUAUCAUCUAUGACUCUGACUGGAAUCCCCAUAAUGACAUCCAGGCUUUCAGCAGAGCCCAUCGCAUUGGUCAGAAUAAGAAAGUGAUGAUCUACCGUUUUGUGACCCGUGCUUCAGUAGAGGAACGUAUCACACAAGUGGCAAAGAAGAAGAUGAUGCUUACACAUCUUGUUGUAAGGCCUGGCCUAGGCUCUAAGACUGGCUCUAUGUCCAAGCAGGAGCUUGAUGAUAUCCUCAAGUUUGGUACUGAGGAACUAUUCAAGGAUGAAGCCACUGAUGGAGGAGGAGAUAACAAGGAAGGAGAAGACAGCAGUGUUAUCCACUAUGAUGACAAGGCCAUUGAGAGGCUACUGGAUCGAAAUCAGGAUGAAACAGAAGAUACAGAACUUCAAGGCAUGAAUGAGUACCUGAGCUCCUUCAAAGUGGCCCAGUAUGUGGUGCGGGAAGAAGAAAUGGGGGAGGAGGAAGAGGUAGAACGAGAGAUCAUCAAGCAGGAAGAAAGCGUGGAUCCUGACUACUGGGAGAAGCUGCUGCGGCACCAUUAUGAGCAGCAGCAAGAGGACCUGGCCCGAAACCUAGGCAAAGGGAAGCGAAUCCGUAAGCAGGUCAACUACAACGAUGGCUCCCAGGAGGAUCGAGAUUGGCAGGAUGACCAGUCAGACAAUCAGUCCGACUACUCAGUGGCCUCAGAGGAAGGCGAUGAGGACUUUGAUGAGCGUUCAGAAGCUCCCAGAAGGCCUAGCCGCAAGGGCCUGCGAAAUGAUAAGGAUAAACCAUUGCCUCCAUUGUUGGCUCGUGUUGGUGGAAACAUUGAGGUACUUGGCUUCAAUGCCCGCCAGCGGAAGGCUUUCCUCAAUGCCAUUAUGCGUUAUGGGAUGCCUCCCCAGGAUGCCUUUACUACCCAGUGGCUUGUGCGGGACCUGAGGGGCAAGUCAGAGAAAGAGUUCAAGGCUUAUGUGUCUCUCUUUAUGCGUCACCUUUGUGAGCCAGGAGCAGAUGGGGCUGAGACCUUUGCUGAUGGUGUUCCCCGUGAGGGCUUGUCCCGCCAGCAUGUCCUUACUCGUAUUGGUGUUAUGUCACUCAUCCGAAAAAAGGUACAGGAGUUUGAGCAUGUCAAUGGGCGCUGGAGCAUGCCUGAGCUGGCUGAGGUAGAAGAGAACAAGAAGAUGUCACAGCCAGGAUCACCUUCCCCUAAAACUCCCACACCUUCCACUCCAGGAGACACACAACCCAACACUCCUGCACCUGUGCCACCUCCUGAUGAUGGAGUGAAAACAGAGGAAAAUAACAAAGAAGAAGAAAAUGCAGAGGGAGAGAGAGAAGUGAAACCUGCAGCUUCUGAGGCAUCUGUGGAGAGCACACAGCCUUCUGCAUCUAACCCAGAAGAAGAAAAGGUUCUGACUGAGCCUUUGGAGGGAGAAGAGAAGGUGGACAAGCCAGAAGUCAAAGAGAAGACAGAGGAAUCAAUGGAGACAGAAACCAAAGGUGUUGCUGAAAUGGAGAAGACAGAGGAGAAGUCAGCAGUGGAUCUGACCCCAAUUGUGGUAGAAGACAAGGAGGAGAAGAAAGAAGAAGAAGAAAAAAAAGAAGUGAUGCUUCAGAACGGGGAGACCCCUAAGGACCUGGGUGAUGAGAAACAGAAAAAGAACAUCAAACAACGUUUUAUGUUCAACAUUGCAGAUGGCGGCUUCACUGAGUUGCAUUCCCUUUGGCAGAAUGAGGAACGGGCAGCCACAGUCACAAAGAAAACCUAUGAGAUCUGGCAUCGACGGCAUGACUAUUGGCUACUGGCUGGCAUUAUUAACCAUGGCUAUGCCCGGUGGCAGGACAUUCAAAAUGACCCACGCUAUGCCAUUCUCAAUGAGCCCUUCAAAGGUGAAAUGAAUCGUGGUAACUUCUUGGAGAUAAAAAACAAAUUCCUAGCCAGAAGGUUUAAGCUCUUGGAACAAGCCCUGGUGAUUGAGGAGCAACUGCGUCGAGCAGCUUACCUGAACAUGUCAGAGGACCCCUCCCACCCUUCCAUGGCACUCAAUACCCGUUUUGCUGAGGUGGAAUGCCUGGCUGAGAGCCACCAGCAUCUGUCUAAGGAGUCAAUGGCAGGAAAUAAGCCAGCUAAUGCUGUUCUUCACAAAGGUAUUCUGAAACAACUGGAGGAAUUGUUAAGUGAUAUGAAGGCUGAUGUCACAAGGCUGCCAGCCACCAUUGCCCGUAUUCCCCCUGUGGCUGUGCGGCUACAGAUGUCAGAGAGGAACAUCCUCAGCCGACUGGCAAACCGGGGUCCUGAACCCACCCCACAGCAGGUAGCCCAGCAGCAGUGAAGAUCCAGGUUGAUACCACCUUACCACUGAGCAGUGACCCUUCCCUCCCCCUUGCCCCCAGCUUCUCCUUUGGGGGUUGAGUCCCUCUUCCUUCCACCCCCUCCUCAUUUUAUAAAGGAACAACUCCCCCUGUCACUUGGGGAGGGGAGGAAGUGAGGGGCUGCAUCGCCCUUCCUGCCAGAGAGACAUGCAGCAGUAGCGCCGGCGCCAUCUGCAGGGAGAGGGCAGGCCAGGCCCCCUCCGGGUUCAUGGCCUCUUCCCCACUGUAACGUCUGUUACAUACAAACUCUUGUGGGUUCCCACCAAGCUCGGAGAAAAUGAUCUGAAAUUUCUUUUAUGUUUUUAUUUUAUUUUGUUUUUUUUCCUUUUUGUUGGGGUUUCGGAUGGGCCGGGCCCCUGGGCGAGACACAGCUACCUCCGUUGGCAUCUUUUUAAUACCAGGAACCGAGCGGCUCCAGCCACUGAGCGGCCAGAAUGAGAUAAAAUGCAAAAAAGAGAAAAAAAGAAAAAAAAAAGAAAGAAAAGAA